GCCGGCCCGGAAGGAGCUGAUGCGAACGGGGGCCACGGCAGCCAUCGCUCUUUGCAGUUGGGUCUCCGGGUGUCACACGGACGCCAAGCAGGGGAUUGCGUUCUCUCCAGUCUCAGACCCUAACAAACUUGGAUAUGUCCUUCAUAUUUGAUUGGAUUUACAGUGGUUUUAGCAGUGUGCUACAGUUUUUAGGAUUAUAUAAGAAAACGGGUAAAUUGGUGUUUCUUGGAUUGGAUAAUGCGGGAAAAACAACAUUGCUACACAUGCUAAAAGAUGACAGACUUGGACAACAUGUGCCAACAUUACAUCCUACUUCAGAAGAACUGACCAUUGCUGGCAUGACUUUUACAACUUUUGAUCUCGGUGGACAUGUUCAAGCUCGAAGAGUGUGGAAAAACUACCUUCCUGCUAUCAAUGGCAUUGUAUUUCUGGUGGAUUGUGCAGACCAUGAAAGACUGUUAGAAUCAAAAGAAGAACUUGAUUCACUAAUGACAGAUGAAACCAUUGCUAAUGUGCCUAUACUGAUUUUUGGGAAUAAGAUUGACAGACCUGAAGCCAUCAGUGAAGAGAGAUUACGAGAGAUGUUUGGUUUAUAUGGUCAGACAACAGGAAAGGGCAGUGUAUCUCUGAAAGAACUGAAUGCCCGACCCUUGGAAGUUUUCAUGUGCAGUGUGCUCAAAAGACAAGGUUACGGAGAAGGCUUUCGCUGGAUGGCCCAGUACAUCGAUUAACAUUGACCCGCACUGGUUCCAGGUCUCAACAUUCAGGCCUACUCAGAGAUUUGAUCACUCAACAUGCAUAACUUGAAUUCAAUAGACUUUUGCUGGUUAUAAAACAGAUUUUUUUAGAUUAUUACUAUUAUAUCAACUUAAUUUGAGUAAGAAUUGAAAACUGAUUCAAGUAAGUUUGAAUAUCACAAUGUUAGCUUUCUAAUUCCAUAAAAAUAAUUAGUUUUUACAGUUUAUAAUCUGACAUUACCCCAGCGCCAUUUAUAAAGAGCAACUUUCCAGCAGUACAUUUGAAGUGCUUUUUAACAACAUGAAACUAAAUAUAAACCAUAUUUAAAAGCUCAUCAUGUUCAAUUUUUAUGUACUUUUUUGGAACUAGUUUUUAAAUUUUAGAGUAUAUGUCCACCUCUCUUAAGUGUACAGUUAAUAAUUAGCUUAUAAAUGAUUGCAUGAUGCCUUACAGUUUUCAAUAAUAUUUUUUCUUAUGCAAACGUCAUGCAAUAAAACAAACUCUAAUGUCUGGCAUC